GAAAAGACUGUACCAAUUCCUGAAAAACUGAAUGAAUGGGCACCACGACCUCCCCCGGAGUUCGUUAGAGAUGUCAUGGGUUCCAGCGCUGGAGCUGGGAGUGGGGAGUUCCAUGUGUACCGGCAUCUCCGUCGGAGAGAGUACCAGAGGCAGGAUUUCAUGGAUGCCAUGGCUGAGAAGCAAAGACUAGAUGAGGAAUUCCAGAAGAAACUGGAGAGGAAUAAGAUGGUUGCAGAAGAGCAAACAGCAAAACGCAGAAGGAAGCGCCAGAAGUUAAAAGAGAAGAAACUGCAAGCUAAGAAAAAUAAACUUGAACAAAAGAAGCAGGAAAAAGAACCUGAUCAAUCUCAAGAGCAAGGCAGCAGCGAGGAUGAUGAAGAGGAUAGCAAGGAGGAGGAAGAGAAGGAAGAUGAUGCUGAAGAGCCAAGUUUUGUGAUGGGAAGAGGAUGAGGCCUUUCAGGGACAGCUGGAAACACUGUUCAUUGCUUUAUAUUCAGGAGCAUGAAAGCCUUUCAUCUCAGCCAAGCAGAACCCAUUGGCGCACGUUACAUCUGCUUAACGAGGAAUGGCCUUCACGUCACAGGCCCAAGGGAGAAUGAUAGAGAAAUGCCAAAUAAGAGAUUUUUUUCUUAAUUGCUUGUAUAACUGCUGUGCAGUCUGCUCUAAGUUUGCUCUAAAGAGUCAGCCAUAAGUCUCUGAGACCCUAGAGUUCUUUCUAACCUGGCCCAGAGUGUUUUUCUGUCUGAAAGCUAAAACAUAACCAUUACCACUUAAAGGAAAUACUACUGUGAGGGCUACGUAUCCUACUUACGUCGAAGCUGGUAGCAGUGGGAUACAUGAAUCCAAGGGAGGAGUUUAACCUAAAGUAGAAAAGUGGUCUGUAGCCAGACUCUCCUGCACUGUGAGUGUUCUGAUUUUGGGGUUUUGUAUGGGGUCAUCUCUAACCCAAAGAAAUCAGUUUAUGUUGCUAGACAGGUUCUAUAGAUUUUUAAUCGGGAUCCCUUUUUUAUUGCUAAAACUUUUCCCUAUUGCUUUUCUUCCAUGUUUUUUAAAUUAAUAAAAGGGAUGUGUUGGAUUGUUCUGUCUUCUAUUUUUGUUUUUCGAAGAGGAUUUCAGUAAAAUAAAGAGAUGCUGCAGUGCUGCAGGAAGGGACAAAGAGAUCAAGUGACGUGGCACACAUGAAAAUGUGGAAAAGGUGUUGGUUGCAUGUCAUUUACUUUUUGCUUUUGGAUUGGAACAAUAUCUUUUCCCAAAGAUUAUGUCUGUAAAGCCUCUAAAUCCUGUGGCAGAAAGGCUUGCAAUGGAAUCAUUUUGCUUGUGUUCAGCUUCAUGCAAUGACACCUGCCUUUGUCUCUGCUUGAGCUCUCUGCUUUGCACUUCAGAUUCCCUGGUAGGAGUCAUAACAUCUCUCUAUAUAUAUUUACUUAUUGGUGCUUAAAUGAUAAGCAUAGGAAGUGGUGUUUUAUUUGUAA